UAAAAUUAGUUCCUUUUUAAAACAGUGAUUAACAAUAAGCAAUGGUUUGUUUCCGAAGAGUUCGGUACUUCAGGCACUUAGCUUACCUAAAGUUCCAUAGGGCAACCAUCUGCGAGCUGGCAUUCAAAACCGCGCUUACCAUCUUCUGCCUGACAAUCGGUUUCAUGUUCCUUACGCACAAAAACGACGAAAUGACCAAUUUGAAAAACUCCAUCUACUACCGGUACACGGGCCGAAUGGAGCCUUUCUUCAACGGGGUGCCACGAAAUGUCGACGGAGCCAAGAUCGAUUGGCACGACUAUGCGUACCAGGAGCGGGAGUCUCAGAUUGGCAGUGGUCCUGGUCAAAAGGGGACUGGCGUUAGACUCGAAGACGAUGCCGAUAUCAAGGAGAAUGAAAAGCUGUUCACCGAGAAUGGGUAUUAUGCGGUGGUGAGCGACAAAAUCGCUCUCAAUCGAUCCGUUGCCGAGCUAAGACAUCCGGAGUGUCUCAAGAAGAAAUAUUUGAGGGAACUGCCGAUGGCCAGCGUAGUGGUUAUCUUUUACAACGAACACUUCAGCACACUUUUGAGAACCAUCCAUAGCAUCCUGAACAGGUCGCCUCCGCAUCUGUUGAAGGAGAUAAUCAUGAUCAACGAUCACAGUACGAAAGAGUUUCUGUGGGAUCCAUUGGAUAAAUAUGUGAAGGAAAAUCUGCAACCCAAAGUAAGACUUGUCCAUCUGCCUGAAAGAUCUGGACUGAUGCGUGCUAGGCUAGCCGGAGCUCGACUGGCCACCGGAGAUGUUCUUAUAGUUUUGGAUUCUCACACCGAAGUCGGUAAUAACUGGCUUCCACCGUUAUUGGAACCAAUCGCGAUGGACUAUCGAACGUGCGUUUGUCCCAUGAUUGAUGUUAUCGACUAUCAAACCUUCGAAAUAACUAAACAUGACGACGGAAGACGAGGAGUGUUCAAUUGGAGAUUUAUUUAUCGACGGAUAGGCCUACGUCCAGAAGAUCAGAUCUCAUCGACAGAACCAUUCGAGAGUCCCGUCAUGGCUGGAGGAUUGUUUGCUAUUAGUUUAAAAUUUUUCUGGGAACUUGGCGGCUACGAUGAAGGCCUAGACAUCUGGGGAGCUGAGCAGUAUGAGCUCAGUUUCAAAAUAUGGCAAUGUGGAGGUCGCCUGGUCGAUGCUCCCUGUUCGAGGGUUGGCCACAUUUACCGGGGCUAUGCACCUUUCCCGAAUCCUAGGGGGAAAGAUUUCGUAACCAGAAACCAUAAAAGGGUUGCCGAAGUCUGGAUGGAUGAAUAUAAACAUUUCAUCUAUCAACGUAACCCUCAAUACGAUAAAACGGAUCCGGGCGAUUUGGCCCAGCAGCUAGCUCUUCGAGAAAGAUUAAAAUGUAAGCCAUUCAAGUGGUUUCUGGAGAAUGUGGCUCCUGACCUCUUAAUAAGAUUCCCACCCGUUGAGCCACCGGAUUUUGCUUCCGGAGCCGUUCAAAACCUCAACGACACCAAGUUUUGCUUGGACACCUUAAGCCACCGCAAUAAGGAACCGAUCGGGAUCUACCCUUGCCGGGCCAAUAAAACCCAUCCGGGAGGAAAUCAAAUGUUUGCUCUAACUCACUACCGGGACAUCCGGCAUCCGAGUGCCGAUCUGUGUUUGGAUGCUGCUGAGGUCGGAGGUGAGGUCAUCCUGUUCAGGUGCCAUGAACUCCAGGGGAACCAAAUGUUUCGGUACGAUUUGGAUACCAAAUUCAUCAGGCAUUCCAAGUCGGAAUAUAAUCGAUGCUUGGAUAUUGUCGAUAAACGGGUUGUGAUAGCGAGGUGCGAUAGCCGAAGAAAAUCACAACAGUGGACUUGGGGUUUUCUGAACGUGACGAGUUUAAGAAACUGGGAAACGGUUGGAGCAAAACUGAGAGAUUAAAGUUUAAAUAAAAACUGAUAUAGCAGGAAAUUUAAAACCUUAUGAUUUUGUUGCGUAGUAUUUUAAAUUAUAUUCUAAGGGCAACUGUAUCUGUGGUCCAAACAGUCGAUAUAGAUCAAAAUUCCCUACAAAGCAAUCGGUUGGUCCAAAACUGAUGAGAUUUUGACCACAUUUGAAGCAGUUUGGCAGUUGAUGGAACACGAGUGAGUUGAUAGUAUUUUUACUGGAUUGGAUCUAUUUUUUAGGUCCAGUUCUUGUAUAAAUUAGACCCAAGGGAAGCCAAGGAUACAUUUGCUCCUAUACAAUUUGAUGGAUUCGAUAGUUGGGUAUCGAUGAUUUGUUCUUGGCAAGGUACAUCAAUUAUGAAUUGAUUAG